AGAGACCAGAUGACCUUCGCUACCAUCGGGCAGACGGUGCUCACGACCAGUGCAGACGAUGUCGACGACGGCCACCACAUCCUGGAGAUGCGCACGCCCCCGGCGCGCGCAGACGUGGAGAGGGACCUGGACUGGAAGACGGAGGACGUGGAGGUCUACAAGAAGAAAGGACGGCAUAUCAACCUGGUGAAGGAGGCGAACGAGGACAUGCCAGAGGUGAAGCUGGUGGUGCUGACGAAGAAGCAUAGGAGGUCACUGGAGUCCGCGGCGGCAGGAGCUCGGAUCGAGAAACGGAGCGACGUCGACGUGCUGGAGUUGUUCUCGCCGCUUCGAGUGGCACAGGCGGCGGCAGCUGCUGGUGUCACCAGCCUCGGGGCGCCCAACCUGAAGACGGGAUGGGAUCUGGACAGGCCCCAUGUCAGGCGACAGGCGGAGGAGAUCGUCGAGACCGAGAGGCCGUGGCUAUUGACCAUGUCACCGCCAUGCCGGAUGUUAUCCAAGUUGCAGAGUCUCCACCCCGUUCCGAAGGACAUGGGUCGGUGGAUCUGGGACAACAAGAAGGGCAGUUGGCUACGUACGCUGGUGUAUCAUGAUGGCCCGAAGCAGAUGGCGCUAGGCGGAAUCUUUCUGCUCGAGGCGCCGCUGGGAGGUGGAACAUGGGCGCUUGCGGAGAUGGCGGCCUUUCUGAGCGAAGUCAAGGAUCAGGUGUACGUGGUGAAGACGGCAGGAUGUGCGCUCGGCCUGACCGAGCCGGACACGGGCAAUCUGUUCGCCAAACAAUGGCAAUUCCUGACGAACGACCGGGUGAUAGCGGAGACGGUGGAGGUGCUCUGUCAAGGCUGCCACGAACACGUGCAUGCGAUCGGCGUCAUGAAAAGCGGACUGAAGAGGAGCGAGCACACGGAGACGUAUGCCAACCCGCUGCUGGUCCGCAUCGUGCAGGGAGCGCUGGCAGCGCUAGACAAGAAAAGGGCCGUGGAAGUUCUGACAGCCGCGACGGAACAGAAGGAUAUGACCAAACCCACGGAGAAUCAUAUCAAAGUGGCUUUGGUGAGGCUGCACAAGAACCUGGAACACCCAGGAACUGACACCCUCGUCCGUGUACUACGUGAUGGAGGUGCCUGUGAGAAGGCGAUGGAGUUGGCGAAGCAACUGGUGUGCGACGUGUGCAAUCAGCAUGUGAAACCUAAGGUCCUGCAACCAGCGGCGCUUUCGAAGGACCCGCCCCCAGUGCCCACGCUUUCCAUCGACGUGAAGCACCUGCCGGGCUGGAUCGGCGGCCUUGUGACUGCGAAGAGCCUGAACAUCGUUGACGUGGGCUCCGAGCUGCAGCAAGUGGAGCCGUCGUUGCUUGAGCAGGAGGCGUCGCAUGUGCUGCGCGCCCUGUACCACCAAGACCACAAGACGUGGGCGCAGUAA